UUAGUUUGUGAAAAUCCAUUGCAUUGAUUCAGACCUUAAGCUAUGGCGCUCCGAUCGGUUGACUUAGUUUGCUCCUAGUCACUUUACACUUGAGGUAGUGCUCUCCGCUUCUGAAUAGUAUCAGUUUCUGAAAAGCCAUUGCAUUGAUUGAGACUCAAAGCUAUGGCUUUCCGAUCGGCUGCACUAGCAUUGUAUCUCUGCGGAGUAUUAUUAUCCAGCUGUUGGGCAAAACCUAGGUUGCACUUUGGCUAUUGUGGUGAAUCUGGAACAGGUCAGUGUCGACCUAUCGAGGAUUGCCUGAUGGAGGCGGGCUUCGUCGCAGCCAAGGAUUCGUCGGAGUGCUUCAAUGUGGUUUGCUGCGAGAAGAGGGAAUACCCGCAAUUGGUGGAGAAUUACUGCCACCACGAUCUGAGGCCCCACAUUUCCAAUGGCCAGAACACCAAAAGCCGCGAAUUCCCCUGGAUGGCCAUGUUGCUGUACGGAGACCACCUGGAGCCGAAGUGCGGGGGCAGCCUGGUCAGCAAUAAGUGGGUAGUGACUGCAGCCCAUUGUGUGCGGCGCCAGAAUUCCGAGAAGCAACUGCGUCUCGUCCGUCUGGGAGUGUGGGAUAUCCGGCAGGCGGAAGAUUGCCGUGGGCCGGACUGCACGCCGCCGCCGCAGGACUUUGCCAUCGAAAGGCCCAUUGUCCACGAAAUGUACAAGCCCACUGAGAUCACGGGGAGCAGUCUGCAGAAGCACACCAACGACAUUGCCUUACUCUAUCUUGACAGGGUCGUCACCUUUACGGAGUUCAUCCAGCCCAUCUGUCUGCCUCCGCUCUACAAUCCUACCCGGAUCGGUGUCUAUGCGCACUACAACCUGACCAUCGCCGGAUGGGGUCGUACCAGCGAGGAGUCCGAUGACAUCAGUCCCGUGAAGAUCAAGGCUCAGGUCAACGCCUGGUCCCCGGAGAGCUGCCAGAGGCGCUAUGAGGAUGUGAACCUUGGCCAGAUGUGCGCCGGGGGCGGGGCCGACAGGAAGGGCAGCUGCUUCGGCGACUCUGGCGGUCCGGUGAUGGACGACAACCUGCUGGUGGGCAUCGUCUCACUGGGGGAGCCCAAGUGCGGAUCCGACCGAGGACCCAUGGUCAUCACGCGAGUGGACUCCUAUGUGGAAUGGCUGGAGUACCACUUGUUUGGUCGUAAAAUCACCAGGAGAAUAGUCAUUUCAAGACCAAAAAGAUACGCAUCAAAUAAUUUGUAUAAAUUAGGAGAUUAAUAAAUGUUUUUUUUAUACAAUAAUCAUUUAAUAAUGAUAUUAAUUUGGAAAAGAAAUUAAAACUAUAUUGGCGCGGCACACAAUAAACUUAAAGACGCCACCUGGUGACAAGGUUUUAAAACAUGCUGGCCUGACGUCAUUGACAUUGUUAUGUCGUUCGGACCUUAGUUUCGUAAAAACUUCUGAAAUAAU